CUACAUACCCCCUUCAUUCUAGCAUUUAACUAUCCAGUGCCUACGUUGUUGUUUACAUAAGAUAAUCCAAUUAAUAUGAGAAACCAGGUGAAAUGAUGGACUGGGCCUACAGCGGCGUGAACAAGACGGUGCCCCGCAAUGCAGGUCCGGAAUGUGCCGGUUUCAUGAACCCGAUCUGGCGGUGUGUCGACACAGCGGUGGUACUGGUCUUGGCGGUGUGGCUCUUCAAAUGGAGCUACCCCAAGCUGACGCUGCCUACGGCCGCGUACGUCCGCCGAGACAGAGGCGGCAGACGCACCCUGCUGGUACUAAUGUGCUUGAUUUGGGGCAUGGAGAUUGGAUAUAAAUUUUCUUCAAGAACUGUGAUAUACUUGUUGAAUCCUUGUCACGUUGCUACAGCAAUACAGUGUUCUGAAAUUGAUAAGUAG